AUGCAGACAACACCUCUUCUCGCAAGCCUCCUGUGGCUCUGCAUCCUUGCCAGUGCUCAGUUCGAGACCGCCGCCUCUCAGAUCGGCGUCUUCUCGCUGGUGACUCCUGCAGUGAGUGCUGCAACAGUCGAGACCACGCUGCUAUACAGUCUGGAGGAUGACUGCGCCAGCUUCUACACCAGCUACAGCCUGGCCGACACGUUCGACUUCGGCGGAGCCUUGGCGACGGUGGUGGCGUCGGUGGUCUCCUCUUCGCGCCACUACUACACGGCAACCCUGGAGGCGCAGCAAAACAAACUGAUCAACAUCUACCUCGCGGCGCAAACCUCGCUGCUCGAGAAUCCCGUCGCUUUCCUAUCGACCCUGGCGCAAUCCGCCUCGCCGUGGCCCUCGGAAUUUUCGUCCCAGAUGCUGUCUCAAGCCAGUGGAGUGCUGGCCGGCUAUGAAUCCGUCGUGAGCCGCGAUGUCCUGUCUGUCACGCCCACCGCCUCCGUCACCCCGGGCUCAGGCGUUCAGCCGUCACCGGGCUCUGGUCAUUCCACAGCCGCGACAGCGACAGCGACAGCGACGGCGACGGCGACGGCGACUCAAACUGGUGUAUCUUCUGGAGCAGACCGUCAGGUGACCCAUCCAAGUCUAUUGGUGCUAAUGGUGUCGACGGCCAUGGCUGGAGUGUUUUUGUUCUUGUGUUGA